CUGCUUCUGUGCUCCAGUUCGGCUACACAGACUGCGCCUCCGCAGGCAGAAACAAUAUAUAACCGAUGUAAUCAAUCGUAGAUCUAUGAGGAAGUUGAAGACCUUCUACGACAGAAUAACUAUCACAGGUGUUAACAAGGGACGGCGAAUUGGUGUAUGAUAAUACACAGACAGCAUGGCUACGGACCAGGACAUUUUUCUCAGAGCGAAAAACCGCACAUAUGCGGGCUUUACACAAGAGGAGCAGGGCGAGUGGAAGGGACCCUUCUGCUUCAUUCAGGCCGCGGACCCCCAGCUGGGGCUCAUGAAGGCCUGGUCGGUGGGGGACUGCGACGGCGGGGGGGACGAGUGGUCCGAGGAGGUCCGGCUGACGCGGCAGGCGGCGCGGGCGGUCAGCGGACUGAGCCCCCGGCCGCGCUUCAUGGUGGUCUGCGGGGACCUGGUGCACGCCAUGCCUGGCGCGCCCUGGAGGGAUGAGCAAGAGAGGGACCUGAAGGCGGCCCUGCGGGAGAUGGACCCCGCCAUCCCGCUGGUUUUUGUCAGCGGGAACCACGACCUGGGCAACACGCCCACCCCCGAGGCCGUCGCGCAGUACCGCCGCAGCUGGGGGGACGACUACUUCAGCUUCUGGGUGGGCGGAGUCCUGUGCCUGGUGCUGAACUCCCAGCUGUUCUUCGACGGCACGGCCUGCCCCGGCCUGCGGGACUCCCAGGACGCCUGGCUGGCGGGGCAGCUGGAGCAGGCCCAGCGGGCGGCCCCCCGCCACGUCCUGGUCUUCCAGCACAUCCCUCUCUUCCUGCGCUCGCCCGCGGAGGAGCACGACUACUUCAACCUGCAGCGGGAGGUCCGCGAGGCGCUGCUGCAGCGCUUCGCCCAGGCAGGAGUGAAGGCUGUGUUCUCGGGACACUACCACCGCAACGCCGGGGGGGUGCACGGCGGCCUGGACAUGGUCGUGACCUCGGCCAUCGGCUGCCAGCUUGGGACGGACCCCCAUGGCGUGAGGGUGGUGGUGGUGACCGAGGAGCAGGUGGUGCAUCGCUACUACAGCCUGGAGCAGCUCAGCGAGAAGGGCUUGGAGCCGGACCUGCGGCAGCUGCUGGCCUGACCUUUCUGAUCGGCCACCUCUCGACCAGCGGCUGGCCGGAGCGGGCCCCCAGCCCCCAUCGCCGUUGGCGCGAGCAGCGCGCGUUAACUCACGGGGCAUCGGUGUGCAGCUGGACUUCCUCAGGAACCUCGGAGGUAAAAAUGCAUUCAAAGCGUAUUCUGACAACUCGCCCCGCGGGCUGUCGAGACCGGCAUUCGGAACCGCAUGUCCAGUCUCGGCCCUUGCUUGGGCCGGGGCUGUGUGUCUGGCUGGGUCUACCCUGGUCACAGCUCUGCUCAUUAAAGCACAGAGAGUUUAAAAGGCCAGAUUUGCAGAAAGCACAAAAAAAAAAAACGACAUCGAGCUGCACGUAGCAGGGAAACAAAAAAAAAAGGACACUUUAAGAUCUCACACCGACAGCAGGAAGCGUGGUCUGAUUUUAGUGGCUCAGUUUUGUUUUUGUCCACCCGGUUUCAAUAGAGAGCCGAGUUGCCACGGAAACAGAUCACACACCGCAGAGUUGACCAUGACAGAAGGCGGCGGCUCAGGUGCCGGACUGUGUAAUCACUGCGCUGACCUCAUUACAAGCAUUAUUCUGUUCCUCUUCACACCUCUCUUCAUUGCAGAGUGUUACAGCAAAACACCGAGCCUCGUGGUGCUUAAUCGAGAACAUUAAGUGCAGAGACCUGCUGUAUUUGAGUUGCAAUAGACUUUGUUAGCUCAUUUUCAGCAGAACUCGGGAAAGGGUUUAGGACCCUGUGCUAUGUGCGAAGGCUCAAUUAUAACUUUAGGCAAUUCCAUCAUAAGAUUAGUGAGGAAAAUUAGAUUCAGCACCUGGUGAGCUCUCUCUAAAGAUUUGCUGCCUUUAUUAACCAAGAGAGUACUUUGGAGAUUCAGAAAUUUAAUUUGAUGAAUUUGUUCCUUUUUUUAUUAAGUCAAUGUUUGUUACUAUGAGGUUGUUUUUUUGUGUAACGGCAAUUUGAUUGUUGCUCUCAUUUCUUGCCAGAGAACAGAAAGAAUCUUGCAACUUUUGCUGUGUAUUAUGGAGAGAUACAAAUGUUUACUAAUGUGUUAAGCAUGAGUUUUCAAAAAAAGUUAUUUUAAAUUGGAUAUUCUGAAAUAUACGCCGAGACGAAAUCUUUACAUCUCAGUACUGUCUUGCUUGUAUAUUUGGAGAAAUAUGAGUAACCUUAAUAAUGAAUAAUAAUGAAUAUUUUUUUAGAUCA